AUGGGCAAUGACUUGACUAAAAUCACUCCUUCCAGUGGGUUCACUAUAGAGAUCGGCGCCGCCUCUACUGUUUUGGUGGCCUCCAAGAUAGGUCUACCCAUUAGUACCACUCAUUGUAAAGUGGGAUCAGUAAUCAUGGUGGGACGGAUUCGUAACAAACAGGGUGUCAACUGGAAACUGUUUCGGAAUAUAGCCGCCGCUUGGAUUCUAACCGUCCCCUUAACGGCCUUAUGUUCAGCCGCUGCCAUGGCUUUACUGCAAUUGGCCCUAUAG